AUGGCGGAAGAACACUUCGACGUUCUGACCAAAUUCGGAGAGAAGACCGAGGUUCAUCGAGAUGGAGAUUACCAUCGUGCAGUUAUUGUGUGGAUCUUUGUAGAGAGCACUCAAGAACUACUUCUCCAACUCCGCUCUGAUGAUAAAGAUUCUUGGCCUGGUCGAUGGGACAUCUCAAGUGCUGGUCAUAUCUCAGCUGGUGAUUCAUCUCUUAUGUCGGCUCAGCGAGAGCUUGAGGAAGAGCUUGGCAUAAAACUCCCAAAAGAUGCCUUUGAAAUGUUAUUCGUCUUUCUUCAAGAAUGUGUCAUAAACGAUGGAAAAUUCAUAAAUAAUGAGUUCGAUGAUGUGUAUCUUGUUACAAUUUUGCAUCCGAUCCCAUUAGAAGCCUUUACUCUUCAAGUGAAGGAAGUCUCUGCUGUAAAGUACAUACCUUAUGAAGUAUACAGAAACCUCCUUGCCAAGAAAGAUCCUGCUUAUGUGCCAUAUGAUGUUGAUGGAGACUUUGGAAAACUAUUUCACAUAAUCAGUCAGAGGUGCCAAGUGAACACUGAGUCUCGUAGUUUAUCUCUGCAGAAGCAACUCCAAAGAUAUUCUCCUGUCACCCUCGAAGCAAAUUUGACAGAAGAACUCUCUGAGGCAGAUCAGAAAACGCUGGGUCUAAUCGACGAUAUUUGCCAUGAGCAGCUUUGGCACAGCAAUCCAGCUCUAAGAGAUUGGCUGAAGGAGCAUGCUAAUGCAUCAGAACUUGACAAAUUAAAAUGGAAAUACUUCCUGAUCAACAAAAUUCCAUGGUCGUCUUUGGAUGAAAAUGAACCAUUAUUGACUACGGCUGAUUCAGCUGUAAAGUUGCUUCCUGAAGCAACGAAACCUUUUGCUGGCUGGAAGGGUCUUGAAUACAGAGCCGCCUUUCCUUUGACUAAGCCACCUGGUGCCAAUUUCUACCCUCCUGAUAUGGAUAAAAUGGAGUUCACCUCAUGGCUCAGAUGCUCAGAUGUGUCGUCCACCAUUGACUACCAUUGA